AUGCCGUCCGUCCUUUCCACCUCCAAGGUCCUCUUUGGCCUCCUCCCCUCGGCGCUCGCCCUGCAGCAAGUGCCCAGCAGAUUGUUGACGCCGCGCCAAUCUUCCUCCCCCUCCUCUGGCUCCGCUUCGUCUUGCCCCAACCCGCAGCUGUCUUGCAGCACCAGCGGCAGCGUGAACACCUGCUGCGUGCAAUCCCCCGGCGGCGUCCUGCUGCAGACUCAGCUCUGGGACACCAACCCCUCCACCGGCCCGGCCGACAGCUGGACCAUCCACGGUCUCUGGCCCGAUCUCUGCAGCGGAUCAUACACGGAGAACUGCGACUCGUCCCGCGACUACUCCAGCAUCCAAUCCAUUUUGCAGCAGGAUGGCGACAACACCCUCCUCAACUACAUGAACACGUACUGGGUGUCCGACGACGAGUCCAACGACGACUUCUGGGUGCACGAGUGGAGCACGCACGGCACCUGCAUCUCCACCCUCGACCCCAGCUGCUUCAGCGACUACACCACCGGAGAGGAGGUCCCGCCCUUCUUCCAGACCGUGGUGAACCUCUUCAAGACCCUCCCGACGUACACGUGGCUGUCCAACGCCGGCAUCACGCCCGGCUCGUCGUAUGCGCUGAGCGACAUCCAGUCCGCGCUGAGCAACGAGCAUGGUGGUGAGGUGUACCUUGGCUGCCAGGAUGGCUCGCUGUACGAGGUCUACUACUACUUCAACGCUCGCGGCCCCGUCCAGAACGCCGACUUCACCGCCAUCUCGGCCGUCGGCGGCACCGGCAACUGCCCUUCCACCGUCACCUAUGCCGCCAAGAGCCAGGCGAGCAGCAGUGCCCAAUCUUGA